AUGUAUUCCACUAAAAUAUUAACAUUGUUUAUAUGUAUAGUCAUUCUCAAUUUUGUCAAUUGUGAAAGUAAUUUACAAUCAAAAACAUUAGCAGAAGAUGAAGCUAGUCAAUGGUUACAACGUAAUGGCCGUCAACCAUCUAGAUUUCAUUCCCAUCGUCAUAAUAGCAAUUAUCAAUCAGAAGUGGAUCGUACAUUAAAACGUUUACAAAUGUUAAAUGAUAAUGGGGUAGGAACAUUUGAUCAACUAGCAUUUGAAGGUGUACCAAUGGAAGUACUAUUUGAAAUGGUUAAAGAUGGUAAAGGAUUGACAGGAUAA